AUGUCUGACGACGGCGUCUUCGCAGGCUAUCGAUGGUCCUAUUUUACUUCACUCGCAGAUGAAGCACUCCGUUCAAGUGUCCAGAGCUUUAUCGAAUCAGUAAAGUGGGAAGCGCUCAUUGAAUUCGCGGCCAGUUUGCGGAACGGAAAAGGGUGCAAACUGCUUUCAGACAUCGGCCUUGGAUUCAACCAUGUGGUCCGGAUCAUUGAAUUUGACGAUAAUGUGCGUUGGAUCGCUCGGUUGCGAAUGCAACAUCGAUCGGGCAACCAAGCCAGAACUACCAUUACGAAGCACAUUAUGAGCAACGAAUACAACACGAUUCUGCUAGUCAAGCAGAAGACAAAUAUUCUGGUUCCCAGGGUUCAUGCCGCGGAGCUUAAUCCCGAGAACGCAGUGAACGCACAAUUUAUGUUAAUAGACUGCUUGAGGGGCAAUGUCGGCAUAGAUCUUGGCAUGGAGAUCCCGGAUGGCCACAAAAACCACGUCUUUGGGAAAAUGGCGGAAAUUCAGAUUGAGCUGUCGAGGGUGCAGCUACCAAAAAUUGGAACUAUUCUCCGCAGGAACAAUGACGGUUCAUUCGAACAAGGGCCUAUACCGGGUAUAGGCGGCCCAUUUGCAACAGCCACUGAAUUCUUCCAGAAGUGGGCAGAAACAGUUGAGUUCGGACUAUCCAGUGCAAAGCUCAAAGAAGCAGCGGGCGAAUUUGCAGACGAGCUCUCUUUCUCUGCGUCUUCCUUCAGAUCCUCAGUCCGAGCUUUCGCUAGCAAACUUUCCGUUCAGGAUAAGGGCCCCUUUCCAUUGUGCCACGGUGAUUUUGGUCAUAAUAACAUGGUUUUCGAUGACAACUAUAAUUUGUUGGGUGUUAUUGACUGGGAAGCUGCUUUUGCGGGGCCGUGGGAAAUUUUUGGCGAGUUUCCAUUAACUUUGUCGGUAGUCCCGCCUGAUAUGGAUGCACCUUGGAAUUACGACGAGAACGGGGUCCCAAAGGAUGCAGAAAGCGUACGAAGGCAUGUUGACAGACAAAAGUAUAUCACUGCGGUGAUAGAGAAGGAGGGAGAGAUGAAUCUGCCUGAAGGAUACCGUCUUUCAAUGGCAUUACAAGAUUCUCGCAGGCAAGACUUAGCGACUGCUAUGAGAUUGUAUGAAAGGGGAAAGCCUGGUUGGUACGCCAGAGUGAUUGAGAAAUUCGACGUAGAUUGCUCCUGCUGA